AUGAAGUUGAUUCUCGCCCUCCUAGCAUCACCUGGAAUUGCGAGUGCAAAAUGUUUCGAGCCAAAUAACGCACAUCCACCACCUGAGUAUAACGCCCAUGAUCCCCUGCUCGCAGACGCAUUCGCCUACAUUGACACGGCGCUCAAGGCUGCAGCAGGACGACCCGAGUACGCUCAGGAGAGGAGUACGGGACCGGGGGCUGUCUGGGAUGGUUUUUGUGUUGAAGAUGUGGAUCGGCCGUUGUAUGCGGGGUUGCCGGUCAACGAGGUUGUGUUUUGGGAUCGGGGGGACGCGGGGGUGUUUGGUGAGGUGGAGUUACCGGGAUUUAGGUUGGUUACCAUGACAAUUCAAGACCCUUCCAGACCUUUCACCUACACGGCAGUCAGAUCCAUCAUCGCCACCAUGAGUCAAACCAGACCAGAGUUGGGAUUCAAGAGCACAUGGGUCCAAAGUAUCUCGCACUAUGACUCAAGCACCGAGCGUCAAAGCAUAUACAGAUGGCAACUUGCCUGGCCAUGA